AUGUGCACACCAAAUCACCUACCAUUUCAGCAUUAUUCAAUAACAUCAAAGAAAAUUAAAAAGAAAAAAUUACUCGAAAAAAUCAGCCCCGGCGGAGACCAUAAUCGGACUCCUCACCGUACGCGUCCCAUUCAGCUCGACCCAAGUUAUAGCUCCCGGCCUAUGCUGAAUCUCGAGAUCGGCCCUAAACCGAACCCUCACCUCGUAACUCAACUUCUCGUACUUCUUCCGGAACACCAAAGUCCGCGGCCUGAUCGUGACAGUCGUGUUCGCGGGCGCCUCAACCCUAACUCUAUAACUCGCCCUGUCGGGCCCCACGUUCGUCACCGUUCUCCGGAACCUUCUCGUCAGACUUCUCCCCUCGUCCGCGCUGUAAAACACGGCCGCGAAGGACGGGUAGUUGAGGUCGGCCGACGCGCUCGAGCAGUCGUCGCGGCCGCCCGACGACCGAAUAAUCGACCUCGUCUGCUCCCUCGUGAAAUUCAUGGAGCAGACGAGGCUCGCGAGGUCCUCCACGGACGCGUCGUAAACGAGCCCCGGGUCGAGGGCCCGGUUCGGGUCCACGUGGCCCGACCCGAUCCCGAGCGGCGUGGCCACCGCGAAGUCGUACUCACGGAUGGGCCGACCAGCGUUGUCGAGCGGGUUCGCGGUGGUCAUCAUGGCCGACUGAAUCGCCGCCGGGCUCCACUCCGGGUGGGCCCCCUUGAGGCGGCCACGCCCGAGACGUGCGGGCACGCCAUCGACGUUCCGGACAACAGAGUGUACUCUGUCGACAGGACGACGUUUCGGCCGAUUCUCGCCUCGUCUGCCGAGUACGGAUUGUACGCCGCCAGGAUCAGCACUCCCGGCGCCAAGAUAUCCGGCUUUAGGACGAGCUCCAUCGGGCCGGGCCUGGGCCCGGCCGCCCCCACGACCGUCUCCUGGAAAUCGAUAGUCGCCGUGGGCGACGCGUCCCGCGACGUGUACUCGACCACGGCUCGGGCCUCGACCGGCGUUAUCACGGCGCCCGGGAAAGGGAAUCGAGCCCUCUCCAUGAUAUUGAAGUCCUCGGAUAUUAUGAUGGCGGCCCGAACGUCCGAUUCAACCAGGGCUCGGACGGAGGCCCGGGCGGGGAAAGUCGUCCAACCGGUAAUCUUCCUCCCGUUUCCGAGCGUCACGGUCCCGGCGAACCAUCGGUCGACCGUCCCUGAAGCCACAAUCACGGCCCACGGGAUGGCGGACCGCGUGGUUCGUAAGCUCGGGCCACGGUUCCCGGCCGCGAGCGCCACUAGAAUCCCCUUCUCCCGAGCCCCGAAGCUCGCUAUCGAGAGCGGGUUCUCGUACAGCGGCUCCGUGCGGCUGCUGAGGGAGCCGGAGAUGAUGUCGACCCCGUCCGCCACCGCCUGGUCGAUGCCAGCUAGGAUACGCCGCCUCCCCAUAGGACCUUAUAAACCGCGAUCCGGGCCCGCGGGGCGACCCCGCUGGCCGUCCCGGGGGCAAGGAGACGUUGGGGACUCGGGCGCCGGCGGCCGUGGCGGCGACGUGGGUGCCGUGGCCGUCGAUGUCUCGGGCGGAGUUCAUUGUGAUGGGGAAGUCGGGAGCCUCGGCCCGAAAGCCCGCGUUGAAGUAACGGGCCCCGAUGAUCUUGCGGUUGCACGUGGAGGCGGGGAAGGCCUGGCCAGCCUGGCACGUGCCCUUCCAACGGGCGGGGACGUCGGGGAGGCCUUCGUCGCGGAAGCUCGGGCUCUCGGGCCAGAUGCCGGUGUCGAUGAUGCCGAUGAUGACGUUUUCGCCGUAGUUGGAGGCGGGCCAGAGGCCGGAGGCGGUGUUGAGGGAGAGGAAUUUGUAGGUGUGGGUGGUUUCGGGGGUGACGGGUUCGUCGCGGUAGGCCGUGAGGAAGCCCGGAGAGUUUUUUACGGAUUGGAGCUCGGUUUCGGAGAGGACUACGCUGAAGCCGUGGAAGGCGUGGUCGAGUUUCGGGCCGGGCCCGGGGUUGUGAUCGGAUUUGAGAAUGGAAGAGUACCAGUGGUGGUGGGAGGAGAAUGGCUUGGGCAUGGAGGAUUUGUCCAUGUGGACAAUCAUGGUGGGCUAAUAACAGAAGACAUGAAAGUAGAAACAGAGUCCAUGAAUUUGGAGGCUCCAUUCUCCUCUUCCCCUUUAUUUUUUCAGGACUACGAAUGGGAG